CAAAGCAGCGAACGACAAGAGAUGAAGAUUCAAGAAAGCCUUAAAUUUUGGAUCUUCUAAUUGCCGGCGAAGCCUGCCGUCGUUUCGCGUUCCCGCGCGCUCUGCAGCGCUCUGUACACUGACGUAGGACCUUUCAAGAUCUAAAACCAUGGCAGUCUCAGUCUCCUUACGUGCGGCUAAUAACGGUAGAAAAUAAAGAAAGCGCUGAUCCUCCCCACACACACACACAAGUGCGCGCACCUAGCCUUUUCCACACCACCAUUGCCACGAACGAGAGAUAGAACGCAAGCGACGAUGCGACUUACCUACCCAGCGCUGACACUCACGGCCGCCGGCCUCGCCGCCGCGCAGCUCACCUCGCUGAACCCAUCGCAGAGCUCCGUGGCUGCGUCCCUCUCGAGCAAGUACUAUCUCCCGCCCAUUACCGACAGCUUCUCCUCUGUCGUGCCGACAACUACAUCGUCGAGCGAAGGCGGCAGCAGCAGCACGAGCGAAGGCGCCGCGGGCUCGUCGUCUACCGCAGUGACGUCCUCCACUACCUCCUCUCCCACCACCUCUUCCACCUCCUCGUCUUCUACCUCAUCCUCAUCAAGCUCAAGCUCGAGCUCCUCCUCGUCAAGCCCCGCCAGCUCCUCCAGCGGCUCGCCCGACGGCGCCGCACGGCUGCUCACGCACGCGGGGCUCGGCUACACGGCUUACUUUGCCGCCGCUGCCGCCGCCCUCGUCGGCGGCGGCGCCGUCCUCUUAUAGCGCCCUAACCCCCCACCUUCUCUCGAUCACUACCUCUCUCUCUCAUCUCUUGCCGUGCACCACUGCUGUGGUGCAUAGUUGUCCCCUUCUUGCUUCCUUCUUGUACCAAAGAGACACCUUCAUCAACCUGCCCUCCGUCAUCCCCUCUUUUACCAUUCAAAUUUGCACGGAAUGCAUGCAUUCGUCGUUCUCUC